GUGCAUUGUUAUUUUUAUAUUAUUGGUUUAAUUAUAGUCUAGCAUACUAGAUGAGCUAGAUUAGGUUCACAUAUAAAUGUCAGCAUUAUAGAGGUUAUCUAGUCUAGUUGUCUAUUUGACAAAAUGAUUAUCAGUUUUUCGAUAUUACUAUUCUUAACAGAUUGUGUGACCUAUUUGAUAUGUACCCCGGUUAAUCAAUUGAAUUUUACGACUACUUCUACUACUGUCCCACCUUUGACAACUACGACGAGUGUUCCACUUAUCACAACGUCAAAUACAAAUACAUCUGUUCCACUUCAUACAGUUUUACUGAAUACAACACCAUCUCCACUGAUAAUAACAAAUGAAAGUCAUCUGAACGAAACGAAUGCUUCUCUGACGAAUUCAUCUAGCACCAAAGGUCUUCAUCCUUCACAACUUUUAUCAAAAAAGGACUCAUCUCAACCGCAUGUUGUUAAAGGAAGAGUAAUAUUAGCAACAACACGUGAACAAGGCAGCAGUGUGUGGGGUUUAACUGCAGAGAAAGCUGAAGAAGCGUGUAAUCGUUUUGCAACUAAUCGUGAAAUUACUAAACCAAUUUCCACAUCUACUGAGACCAGCAAUAUGUCCUCUAAAGGAUAUCCUCAACCCACUGCCCUAUAUGAAGGUCAUUUACUAUCUGUUACAUCGAAUGAAGAGGUUGUACGCCUAAUCAAUCUUAUCGGUGUUGUGCCACCAGUGUCAUAUUGGACAGGUGGUAAAUUGGUGAGACGUAAACCUGAUCUGCUGCACAGUGAAAACAAUCCUAGAUGGAAAGUCAUCCUAACUUGGUCAGAUGGCCGGACAAGUCCAGCAAGUAUGUUAGGUAUAACCGAAGGGGAUGCGGAAAGUCUUGCUGAAGAUGUAGUGUACUGUUUAUCGUUGGAUAUUGCUAGACUUACUUGGCAGGCCCGAGACUGUCAACAUCGUUUACCUUAUGCAUGUUUAAUUACAGCCAGAAACAUUCCUAUGAGACCGAUGAAUGACAAUUCAUCAACAAUAGUCACAGAAUUAGCGAAAACAAAUUCUGCACCACUAUUUUCCACUCACAAUAACACUUCUAAUUCAUCUGAUCAGAAAACAGAACAUUCUCCUGUAAUGACAAACAGUUCGGUGAAGAAUAAUAGUCCCAUAAAUUAUCAGAUGAAUUCGUCGUUGUCAGGUUUACUGGAAGAAAAUACCGAGGCAAACACAUCUACUCCAGCAUAUCAAACCACAACUAUUGCUACAAAACAACUACGGAACCAUUCUGAUGAGAUAAACAAAACUAGUGCGAACCAAUCUCCACCACUAAAUCCAAUUGAAAACACUACUGCUGAAAAUGAAAAUCUCCAAAUUGAGCAAAUAGGCGACAACACUCAAUCUAAAAAUCUAAACAUGUCACUGAUGAACAUUGUUACUGCGGCUACUCCAAUAACUGGCAAUAUUGGUGAUAAUAAUAACACCCGAAGCAAAAUAAAUGAUUCUCAACUAGAAAGCACGUCAAUUGUUAAACAAAAUCAAAGCAUAGAACACAAAGCUGAAACUAAUGAUACACAAGACACGUCUCCUAUUCCCCAGCUUCCGAUAGCUGCCAGUGAUGAAGAAGAUGAUGAUGAUGAUGACGACGACGAUGAUGAUGAUGAUACAGAUGAAGAAGACUUCUCUAGUCGAAAAGAAUCAAAAAUGCGCGACGAAGAUGAUGAUCUCCAAAUGACAGAUUUGCAAGAGCAGUUUGAUCAUCUUGGCUAUCGAGGCAUCCGAAUCCCAUCUGCACUUAUGAAAAGAAAACUGUAUAGACCCAAUACAAAUAAACCGACAAGGCCAAAGAAAAAAACUUCAAAUGAUCAACACAGCCCCAGAAACGUAGGAAGUACAGCAAGAGAAAAGACAAUCCCACAAACUAAAGUGAAAUCCCCAACGACUGAAUCUCCAGUAAGUGGAACAACUAUACAGCCGACAACGACAGUUACAGAAUCCGAGGUGUUGACAACAACAGUCACAACGAUGCACGGUGGUGAGAGGUUGGAAAAGGAGUCAGGAGAGGAGUUGGUGGAAAGACAAGGUGAAUCAAAUGCAAACACAACUUCAGAAGACCAUCGUUCCGGAGUGCCAACAACUAGCGUGACUGAGCCUCAUCCUGUAGUGUUAACUAGUGAAACCACUGCUAGCAACGAGACACGAGAAGGAAGGAGAAGGAGGGCACUGGAUGGGUUACCAACUAGUUCAUCGGAUACUGAUGAGAACUCUACAACGACUGAAUCUCCAGUAAGUGGAACAACUAUACAGCCGACAACGACAGUUACAGAAUCCGAGGUGUUGACAACAACAGUCACAACGAUGCACGGUGGUGAGAGGUUGGAAAAGGAGUCAGGAGAGGAGUUGGUGGAAAGACAAGGUGAAUCAAAUGCAAACACAACUUCAGAAGACCAUCGUUCCGGAGUGCCAACAACUAGCGUGACUGAGCCUCAUCCUGUAGUGUUAACUAGUGAAACCACUGCUAGCAACGAGACACGAGAAGGAAGGAGAAGGAGGGCACUGGAUGGGUUACCAACUAGUUCAUCGGAUACUGAUGAGAACUCUACAACGACUGAAUCUCCAGUAAGUGGAACAACUAUACAGCCGACAACGACAGUUACAGAAUCCGAGGUGUUGACAACAACAGUCACAACGAUGCACGGUGGUGAGAGGUUGGAAAAGGAGUCAGGAGAGGAGUUGGUGGAAAGACAAGGUGAAUCAAAUGCAAACACAACUUCAGAAGACCAUCGUUCCGGAGUGCCAACAACUAGCGUGACUGAGCCUCAUCCUGUAGUGUUAACUAGUGAAACCACUGCUAGCAACGAGACACGAGAAGGAAGGAGAAGGAGGGCACUGGAUGGGUUACCAACUAGUUCAUCGGAUACUGAUGAGAACUCUACAACGACUGAAUCUCCAGUAAGUGGAACAACUAUACAGCCGACAACGACAGUUACAGAAUCCGAGGUGUUGACAACAACAGUCACAACGAUGCACGGUGGUGAGAGGUUGGAAAAGGAGUCAGGAGAGGAGUUGGUGGAAAGACAAGGUGAAUCAAAUGCAAACACAACUUCAGAAGACCAUCGUUCCGGAGUGCCAACAACUAGCGUGACUGAGCCUCAUCCUGUAGUGUUAACUAGUGAAACCACUGCUAGCAACGAGACACGAGAAGGAAGGAGAAGGAGGGCACUGGAUGGGUUACCAACUAGUUCAUCGGAUACUGAUGAGAACUCUACAACGACUGAAUCUCCAGUAAGUGGAACAACUAUACAGCCGACAACGACAGUUACAGAAUCCGAGGUGUUGACAACAACAGUCACAACGACGCACGGUGGUGAGUGGUCGGACAGGGAAUUAGGAGACCAGUUGGAUGGAGGUGGAUUUGGAUAAAUAUCUGUUUAGACUGGCGUUUUUGGUAGUUUUGUUUAUGAUGUUUGAAAUCUGUGAUGUUUUAUUCGCAGGGAAAUUAUUGUUGUUUUCUGUAAUAUUUGAUAUUUAUAUGAUGACAGUGACUUUUUUUAAUAGUAUGUUUUUUCUCGAAUUAACUUUUACAUAUGAUACCUAAUUUUUCUGAAGGCUUUAUUAUGAAUUUUGUUUCUCACGGGAGUGUGUGCGCAGGGCCAUUAUCUUUUGCGGAGUUAGAUAUUUAUUUAAUACUAUGUUUUCUAGAAAUGUAGUUAGGUAAUCAUUUUCGGCGUUAUUACAUUUUUGAUGAGUAAGAUAUAUUACUUAACUGAAUUCUUUUAUGAUAUAAUGUUUUAUUCACCAAGAUGGAAGGUCUAUGGGAUAAUGUUAGUAUUCUCAUAGUAUGCUGCGUCCCCAAUAAAUUUAAUCGGAUUUUUUUAUUUGGAUGAGCACGUUUUCUUCCUGAAGAUAGAUUUAAAGCACUUAAUGAAGUUAUGUUGUUAGGAUUUUGGUUGACCUAAAACGAUUUCCGUAGAGUUCUACUGUUGAAAACUAUCUUUUUCUAUGUCAGGAAUAGUGCAUAAUCACUUUUUUACAGACAGAUGUAUUAGUUUUGCAUAAAGUAUUACUAUGUUUGAAGUCUAUAAAUAUUUAAUACAAAUUAUAAAUAAUAUAUUCAUCCAUCUCAUUAUGCCUAAGCAUUUCUUGUUUUUAAACUCUACUUUCUUGAUGGAAUAGUCUAUGAUUUUGAUUUGUAGCUACAAACGAACAUGAUGUAGAUUAAGGCAGGAUACCCAAUAAGUGGUGGAAAUGUAGGCGGUUAAUAGAACUGUUUGAGUAAAUGUUUCGUUCUAUCAAAUUACUUCCUAAGCAGAUGCUUUUUUCUGGCUAAAUUGCAACGAAGGACCUUAACUAUAGGUAUUUUUCCUAUCCAUAAUUGGCUUUCAUUUGUCAAAUGAUCUCGAAAUCUGGGAAUUUUUCUCAUGUAGAAACGCUAAAGAGUCUUGAGUUCUUAGUAACGAUGAUGCUUAGUGUAAUGAAUAAAAUAUUGAUAAUGUAAUGCGAACUACUUUGACAAUGACUAGAUGUUUUAGCUUCUUAUUGCAUGACCUUAAAAUGUUUUCUUUACAGUCGUUACAAUUCCAUCGACUACACAUAGGUAGGUCAUCAAGGCGUCCAAAUCCUAAACAUAAGCCAAACAAAUCAACAAAAAUGGGGUUAAAUUUACUUCCAGUCUUUAUUGCAGAUGUUGAACGUUGGAAUGAAACAAGAGCAUUCUUGAUACACAGAAGUGAUAAUUAUCAACUUAUAUACCCAGGAAAUUCACGGGCAUAAUUGAAUCAUUGCACUUAGGAACUAUCAAACUACUUUUAUAAAUUAUUUAGGAAGUUAAUAUAUUG